AUGACCGAAGAUUGGAAUCGCACGAAUCAGGGUGAAACUUAUGAAAAUAUCAAUUUGUCGUUCACUGCUUCUCCUGCGUUCGUCACGAACCGUUCCGCCUUCGCAGUUAUGUUUCCGAUUCGAAACGUGUUCGAAACGAUCAGGAUGUACGUUUUGAUUGUCUUAUUUGCCUGUGGCCUACCUCUGAACGUAUAUAUGAACUUGAACAUCACUAAUUUGAUGAUGCUUACGAUCUACACAACCUCGGACAUCGCCUGGCUAGUGACAGUCGACUGGAGGGCCGGCGAAGCGAUGUGCAAGGCCGUAAAAUUCUUCGUCAUCUUCUGCAUGAGUAUUAACUCGUACAUCAUCGUAUGCUUGUCGGUAUACUGUUUCAUUUGUCACUGUAUGAACAAGCACCCCUGUAUCCUAUACUGUUUCGCGUGGUUAUUGGCUCUGGCCAACGCCCUACCGGAAGUGGCAAACUGGACACUGUUGAGGCCGUCGAAGAUAACUAACUGGGAACAGUGCACAUUGAUGUGGUUAGUCUUGAGGUACCGGCGGGUCUUGCUGCACGAGUCCCCGUCUCGGGUCGAGUACAUGUCUAUCAAUGUGUAUAACAUCUACCUGGGCAUUGUCGUGUUUUGGAUACCGGUGCUGCUGAUUUUGCUCUUCUACCUAUCAUCAUUAUGCACUAAAUGCGGCAAUCGCUACCGGAGCCUCAUUCAGUUGGAAAAACCGUCCGAAAUUUCAUUCUAUCCCUGUCGAUACGACGUGGACGAUCGAUCAGUAACCAUUGCCUCGAUUCCCAGCCGGUCAUACGCCAAGCACUGUGCAAUGACCAAAAUCAAGCGGAAAACUUUCAACACCAGUCGACUGCUCAUUCUGACCUAUCUCUUGUGCUGGCUGCCGUACAACGCUUUCGCAAUGUGGACUUCGAGUCAUUACAGCAGUUACGAAAACUGGCACUCGUUCGUGACUUCGUUCUUGAGUUGUCUCCUGAUUCUGAAUUCCAUAAUCAAUCCCAUAAUUUACUUGCGAUGGAAAAGGUUAUCACGGUAA